UAGUGAUCCAGCACCUAUAGUUUAGGCAGCAUCUGCAUUUCGGGUCUCGCUUUGUGUCUUCUUGAGCUGGUCUUGUCAAGAGCAACGUCAUGGAAGCCUGGUGACCCAGUGACCCAGUACUCAAGCUACAAACCAGAUUUGAGACAUCCAGUCAGAAGAGCGAGGUUGGGAAUCUUCAGCUUUAAUGUGAAAGCCUGGUGCACAUGUCCAGAACGAUCAGUUUCGGUCCGUUUCAGACUUUCAGGAGCCUGCUGACCUAGUGACCCAGUGUCCAGAGUCGAGCCACCAUCGAUCCGCAUCCGCUGGCAUAGAAGAGCACAGGGUCUAAUGAGCAGGACCAGACAUUCAAUGAAAAUGUUCAGACUUCAUUUGAACCCUAAACGAGCGACGUCUCACUGUUUCAGACGUCUGGAAGCCUGGUAACCCUGGUGUCUACAGUCCAGACGUUUACCGAAGCACUUUUGAAAGCACAUCUGAUCUUCAUCUGAGCUCCAGCAUCACCUGCACGCUCCUGUCGGUGGAGUUAUACUGGCCACCAGUCAGCAGGUCCAUCAGGUAGAAGUAAAACCAGAUGCUGGAUCGUCCACGCGGUCCGGCAGGUUUUAUUAGGUGUCGUCGCAUCUAAAACUGGUCACCAAGACUGACGGAACGAUCGCCACACCCUCCGUGAUUCGAACUCACAACCUUCUGUUUUUCAACUGUCCAUUUCAAGAUAGAUUGGAUGAGUGGAACUAAAUAAACACUUUAGAGGACUAAACCUCACAACCUCCCGUUCCUUAGUUACCGUCCCCGCUGUCCCGUUUUUCGUUCGUACGGCAGUUGGUCCUGCGCCACAGGGUGCACAAGAGACAAGAGACGUUCUGGGAUUUGGAGUGGACGACCUCUGAUGACCUCCGAUGACCUCUGAUGACACAGGCCGAAGCGUGUUUCGGAGAGCGUGUUUGGAUUCGGAUUUACCGCGCGUCGCCCCCCUGAGUACGAGCCGCCGGGAUACGAGACGGGAUUCGCCGAAAUCCUGCCGGACUGGACGAUCUAAGAAGGAGGACGGAGCGAUGAACCCUGGGUGGUGCUGACGAUGAUGAUGAUGCUGGAUACGCAGAAUGCGACUCAGGAGCUGGGCGAGGAGGUGGAGGACGGCGCCGUGUUCUCCAUCUCGGUGAGGCGGGUGCAGGUACAGCCGUCGGUCAGCAAGGGGCAGCGCUGGCUGGGCGUGGACUCGGACUCGGCGCUGAGUCUGUACGAGACCAGCAAGCUGCGCACCAUCAAGGCGGGGACGCUGGAGAGACUGGUGGAGUACAUGGUGUCCUCGUUCAGGGAGAACGACUCCACCUACGUCACCAUCUUCCUCUGCACCUACCGCACCUUCUCUACCACCAACCAGGUCCUCGACCUCCUGCUCAACAGGUACGCCAAACUGCAGCACCUCCCGGGGUCAGAGGGCAGGAAACUCAGCCACGACGAACGGACCGAGCUCAGGAACACCAUCUCGUCCAUCCUGGGCGCGUGGUUGGACCAGUACUCGGAGGACUUCUGGAAGCCGCCGGAGUACAGCUGCCUGAGACGCCUCAUCUCGUACCUGCACGUGAAUUUCCUCGGGUCGGACCUGGAGCGCCGCGCCUGUAACCUGCUGGCUCAGUUCCACCGCCGGUCCCAGCAGGAACCUGAGCCUGAGGUCCUGGACCACGGGCCGUAUACCUUCUCUCUCCUGGAGGAGAACGGCUACGACGACGAUCGGCUGGACUUCCUGAGCUUCGACCCCACCGUGGUGGCCGAGCAGUUCACCCUGAUGGAUGCGGAGCUGUUUAAGAAGGUGGUCCCGUACCACUGUUUGGGCAGCAUCUGGUCUCAGAGGGAUAAGAAAGGGAAGGAACACUUGGCGCCCACCAUCCGCGCCACCGUCAGUCAGUUCAACUGCGUGACGAACUGCGUGAUCUACACCUGCCUGAGCGAACGGACGCUCAAAUACACCCAGAGGGCCAAAGUGCUGGAGCGCUGGAUCGAGGUGGCACGGGAGUGUCGUAUCCUGAAGAACUUCUCGUCCCUGAGAGCGAUCCUGUCUGCGCUGCAGUGUAACGCCGUGCACCGGCUCAAGAGGACGUGGGACGAGGUGUCUCGGGAGAACGUGCGCAUCUUCCACGAGCUCUCGGAGAUCUUCUCUGAUGAGAACAACCACUCGCUCAGCAGGGAGCUGCUCAUCAAGGAGGGAACGUCCAAAUUCGCCACGCUGGAGAUCAACCCGAAACGAGCCCAGAAGAGACAGCAGCAGCCCAGAGACCUGAGUGUGAUGCAGGGCACCAUACCUUACCUGGGCACCUUCCUCACAGAUCUAGUGAUGAUGGACACCGCCAUGAAGGACUACGUAGACGGCGGUCUGAUCAACUUCGAAAAGAGGAGGAAGGAGUUCGAGGUGAUCGCUCAGAUCAAGCUGCUGCAGUUGGCGUGUAAUAACUACAACUUCAGGAGGAACGGGCGCUUCAGGGAGUGGUUCAGCACGGUGGAGAAGCUCUCCGAGGCCGAGAGCUACAGCCUAUCGUGUGAGAUCGAGCCGUUGUCCGAGUCGGCGUCCAACACCCUGAAGGCCAAGAAGAACACGGGGAUCAUCAAGCGCUGGAGCGAUCGGCAGCCGGUGGGUUCGUCGGAGGCGAGCUGCAGCAGCGCAGGAAGCUCCCACUCCAAAUCCUUCGACCAGUUACGCUACCCGUCGUGUCUGAGCGGGGGAGGAGGAGCCGAGAGGGAAGGAGGACGAGGAGGGGAACGAGGAGGAGAACGAGGAGGGGAACGAGGAGGAGAACGAGGAGGAGAACGAGGAGGGGAACGAGGAGGAGAACGAGGAGGGGAACGAGGAGGAGAACGAGGAGGAGAACGAGGAGGGGAACGAGGAGGAGAACGAGGAGACGACUCUCUCAGCGUCACCUCCGCCGGCUCCAGCAGCUCGGACGUGGAGGAGAUCAACAUCAGCUUCAUCUCAGAUUCGCCCGACACGCACGAGAAAAAGACGUCCACGCCGUGUGUUAAACACUCACACUCUACAUUAGGGAAGUGCGGCCCCAUGGGAGAUCUGACACCCACGUUCUGGGAGUCCACGUCCCUCUCGUCCCUGGACGCAGCGUCCGGUUCUGGUUCCAGCAGCGCCUCGUCCUCCUCGGUCUCCUCCACCCCUCAUACGUCCACCCCGCACUCGUCCUCCCGCUCACACAAGCGCUCGGUGUCGGGAGUGUCCAGCUACUCGUCCCUGUCGCUGCCCCUCUACAACCAGCAGGUGGACGACUGCUGCAUCAUCAGGGUCAGCCUGGACGUGGAGAACGGGAACAUGUACAAGAGCAUCCUGGUAACGAGUCAGGAUAAAACACCUGCAGUGAUCAGGAAGGCGAUGGUGAAACACAAUCUGGACCGUGAGAGACCCGAGGAUUACGAACUAGUGCAGAAGAUUAGUGAGGAGAAAGAGCUGAAGAUUCCCGACAACGCCAACGUUUUCUACGCCAUGAACUCGUCGGCCAACUACGACUUCGUCCUGAAGAAGCGCGGCUUCCCCCGAGCGAGCCGCACCAAACACGUCGCCAGCUCCACCCUGCCGCGCAUGAAACAGAAAGGCCUGAGAAUCGCUAAGGGCAUCUUCUGAACUAGCACUCCCAGGAUGCCUC